AUGUCAUGCAGUCAAGCGGACCGAGAGCUGUUGACACAUCACACCGACAACCAAGAAUCAACUACUGAGGACCGACAUGAAGCUGUAGACCCCACAACCAGCGAGAGAACUGCCCAUGAUGAUGAUGAUGAUGAUGAUGCAUGGAAAGAGCAUCCAGGUAUAGGGAAAUCAACUACUGUGUUCCUGCGACAUGCUGGAGACUUGGAGGCCGGUGCGGUGCAUAGUGUUGAUCCCUACAUCGACAACAGAGUCAUCUUCGUCGUCACUAUUGCUACCUGUGUUUGUCUGGUUGUCAUAACAACAGUGAUAACAGCAGGCAUUGUCAUCUGCAUGAAAGCCCGUAGGAGACACCAACCACAGAUGAACCCUGACCUUAACGCUGCUUUCGCGAAUCUCAACGGCGCUUUACUGGACCUAAACAUCUCCAGAGACCAGGCAAGAGACAUUUAUGAGGAAAUCCCAGAUCCCCCAAAGGCUCAUAGAACAUCGAGAGUGAGUUCCACCGACAACAGUGGGUCUAGUGUGAAGAACCCGCUUAUUGAAGUGAAGGAACGAGAAGAGACUACAGCCACCCAACACCCGAUUAAACAAGUCGGAUCAUGUGGCAGUUUCGAUGGGUACCUGCACCCAGCGGGUGUCUCCAGUGCACUAGUUGACGAGAAAGAUCUCGCACCCGUGGGUGUCCUGUCCCCAUAGAGAGGGUGACAUGCAGUCAGCACAACAUGUCACAGCCUGUCUUAAUUAAUAUACAGGAGUCAGUUUGCAACACAAAUAUGUGUAUAAAAUUUUAUACAGAAAAAGUGUGUCACUGGCUGUCUUAAUUAAUAUACAGGAGUCAGUUUACAACACAAAUAUGUCUCCUGCUUGUCUUACAGAAAAAGUUUGUGAUUGCUUGUCUUAACUCAUAAACAGGAGUGAGCUUACAGCAGUUCAAAAAUUGCAUGUAAAAUCUGCUAACAGCUUUUAGCGAUUUCCAUUUUUUUAAAUUUUGUUAGGAAAUGAACACACAAAACUUUGUUUUCUAGUAAUUCAUGUUCCUGUGGAUGUUA